CCUGUUCCACCCACAUUCUCGUGUCGCUUCCGGGUGGCCACACAGGACUCAACUAGCGAGCCGACGUUGUCUCAACGCUGUAAACAAAAGUUAUUAAACGGUUUAGGUUCGGCGACACAGUCAACAAAAAGACAUGCAUAUCAAAACAGGUACAUGGGAAUCAAGCAACACUGUGUGUGAGUCAGACACCCUCUGUGAUCCAGCAGUUCUUGUUUCAGCCACCAACUCAGAGCCACAUAUUCGCAACCGCCGCCUGUCUCCUGGCUCAGGCAACUGUGGAGGUGGUGGGGGUGGAGGCUGCAUCUCUGGAAGCGACCAGCAACCCCGACAGCAUUCUCCUGAGGGCGACUUGAUCGGUCCCGGUCACACACAUGCCUUAAACUUCCGCAGGGAAAAAGAACGGAGGGGCUAUCAGUACAAAGGGCGCAGCAUUCGGAGGGAAAGCCAGAAAGGAGUCAGUCGAGGGAGUGACCGGCCUCAAAAGGUUAACCAAAAGGAGAGGUGGGUGGAGGACAGUCUGUCACUGCUCAAGCCCCCACCUGCCUUCCCAGUGCAGGACAGCCCCGCCAAGCUGCAGCCUGCUGUUAGCUAUGCCUCCAAGGUGAAGGCAGGAGCAGCAGGUGGGCCCCUUGAGGAGGACCGUCCUGCUAUUGGUGUGCUACUACAGAACCAGUGGGGUCUAAGUUUCAUCAGUGAGGCAAGGCCUGUCACAGAGGGCACUGGUUCUAAUCCUGCUGCCAACGCCCUCCCUGCUCAGCCCACAGACGCUAAUCAAUCAGAAGACCCACAAGUCAACACAGUUGUCACAGUCCAGGCUCCAGAAGAAACCCCAAGUCCAGCUGCUACCCCUGUCCCCCCUACCAUGCGCCCAGAGGAGGAUGAGAGCAACGGGAAGCUACUGCUUAGUUGUCGCCAUCUAGUGGAGGCUUUGAACUAUCACAAUAGAGAGUGGAAUGCUAUCUGUAACAAACAAAAAAAAGAUCCAAAAAGGGUUGUCUGGUAUAAGGAAAAUCAGGAGCACCCUGCCUAACAGUGUGAGAAACCCAAAGUAUAUUUACACACAACACACCCACAUGCACAUUAAAUCACAAAAAGAUGGACAAAUUUGAGUCCCUGUCACACACAGCACUCAGGAUGAUGUCUUCACACAAAGCCACACUGAGACACUUUGGACUAACUCCUUUGAGAUCUUACUGCAAUGGACUUUUUUUUAACGCCUUACAGAAAGCCUGCCUUAAUUAAUCAGACCUGUACUCAUUGCCUCUCGUUACAAUUUUUAGCUGUAUGUGUAGAGCUGAGUUUUUAUAAAAAAGAAAAAAAUACAAUCUCUAAGGAGCUAUAAUUUAAUUUUGUCCUUUUCGGAAGCUGCAGUUUUAUCAAACUACUCUGAACGUCAUUUUGUUAUCCUCUGUAAAGCGAGUGGUCAAUCAAGCACUUUGUUAAAAAUCUGUUGUGACCAAUCCCUGCGUGCGAGAAACCCUCAUCAGAGUGAUUCUUUUCCUUUUUUUUUUUUUUUUUUGUUUGGUGCCCCCUCUUGAUUAUAAAUGGAAGAAUGUCUUGUACCUGCUUGAGUUUUAUUAUUGUAUGCAGAGGACUUGUGUAACCAUGUCUUCGGUUUACAGAAGGGUGUAGUCAAAGGCACAAUAGAGUUCACCCUUUACCCGUUAGAUCUUAAUGCUGUUAUCCGUUCUUUGUUUUCAUUUGGUUCCCUGAUUGGGUGAAUGUUAUCCAUGAAUCCUUUAGGGAUUUUACCAUGUUCAGUAUGUUGAUUUUUGAAAAGAAAAUUUAUUGAAUAAUAAAAUUUACACUGGAGAAGGAAUGUAAGUGAACAGUAUUGCUUAAUAAAGAGGAAUAAACUUGA